CUCCCAGCAUGACGAACACGGAAGUGUGGCUGGAAACGGAACCUCUGACGUGUCAAACUUUCGCCAUUUUCCUGAGGAAGGAAACGCCUUGGAGAAGGAAGGAUCCACAUCAACCGUGAACUUAUUUUUUUGCCAAAGUAGGUUCCCAUCACCAGCCGCCAUGGGUAAUAUGUUCGCAGGGCUCUUUAAAAUGUUCGGGAAGAAGGAGAUGAGGAUCCUGAUGGUGGGUCUGGAUGCUGCUGGAAAGACGACCAUUUUGUACAAACUCAAACUUGGAGAGAUUGUGACUACCAUUCCCACAAUAGGUUUUAAUGUAGAGACAGUAGAGUACAAGAGCAUCAGUUUCACAGUAUGGGAUGUCGGUGGGCAAGACAAAAUUCGACCGCUGUGGCGUCAUUACUUCCAGAACACACAAGGUCUCAUCUUUGUUGUGGACAGCAACGACAGAGAAAGAAUUACCGAGGCUCGUGAAGAGCUCUUAAGAAUGCUGGCAGAGGAAGAGCUGCGUGAUGCCGUAUUAUUAGUAUUUGCAAACAAACAAGACCUUCCAAAUGCUAUGAAUGCAGCAGAACUCACAGACAAGAUGGAUCUUCACUCCCUUCGCAACAGACACUGGUACAUCCAGGCAACCUGUGCCACUACCGGGGAUGGCCUUUACGAGGGACUGGAUUGGUUGUCUAGUCAGCUCAAGAACCAUUAAUAAAUAAUCACUUGCUAUCCUCAACUACUCUACUCCACCCAACCUCUGACCGUGCUCUCUACUAGGUGUUGCAAAACUGAGUUACCUUUAAAAAAAUAAAUAAAGUACUGGAAGCAGCCCUCACAUCAGCUGGUAUUAUCACAAACAUACAGGGCAGUGGUGGGGGAGAUUUUGUAAAGCUGUCUGUUUUGUAUUUUAUUUUAUGUAACUGUAAAUAUAUUUGGUAAUGGGGCAGCUUAUUGCGCUCUCACAAAUCCUACCGUGGUUAUUUCUCUUUCUGGCUGUUGGGCAGCCAUGUGUGAGUUGAACAAGAAAAGGGAGGUGAGGAAUAACAUUUUACCAGCACUUGAUGCCCCCAGGACCUCAAUGCAGUCUGAUGACUUGUUAUUAUCUAGUCACAUCUACUGUAGGGAGUCAUCCAUGAGGGCCUGUUAAUUUACAAACAAACUGAAUUAAACACUGAUGCACUACUUGCAGCUACUAUGGUAACUUUAACCAGUGACUACAUGCACCAGCCCCCCAAAUUACCAUUUAAGAAACACUGGCAUUGACUAUUUGUACUUCGUACUGACAUUACGCUGUCCAAGUUGAGAACCCCUGUCUGUGAACACUUACCAGCCUUUGUAUACGGUGUGUUGGCUUGAAUUGAUAUAUGCUGUAAUGAUCUCACAUCUACCUGCUUCAUGGUUGUUUGACAGUCUGUCAAGUCAGCAUUGGAUUUUCGUAUUUCUGAGUCUCAGGUUUAUCAUGUGCUGCCUUCGCAAAAUACUUUUUAGCAAAACUAGCUGCAUGAUGUGGUCUGUUGGUCUUUAAAUACACGCGUUUUUGUUGGGUGUUGAAAUCAUUAGACUGCAUAGGACCUACACUGAGGACUUAUUUCAACAGCCCUAUCCUUUAACUUUGUGUGUAUGGUGAUAGGUAAUUGUAACUAAAGGAGUGGCACACUACAAUGGCCCUACUGUCUUCGCUAAAGGCUCUAGCAAGGCAUACAUUUUUUAUUCAGUGACUAAAAUAGUGAAAAUGGCCUUUUCAUUACGAUACAAAAUCGUUUUCAGCUACGUUUAAAGUAGUGCCAGUAUUACUUCCUUUGCGGCACAUUGUCCUAUGGUUUAACCAGAAGCCAAACAUAAUGCCUUCUUAUCCAAGACACAUGCUGCCUCUUAUUUUCAAGCUUCUUAUCUAAAAUGUAUGGGUGUUACUUUACUGCUUUCAAUAUGUCUGGGGUGGUGCAUUAAACUUUUUUGUUUUUAAUUUGUUAACUAUGUUAAACUGUUUAACUGUUUUAUGUAAAGCUUUUGUUUUGUGAGGAAAAAGCACUGUAAAGUGACUGGAUAAAAAAAUGUUUCUGCAACUGAUUUUCAUUGUCUCACUAUGCAAUAAAAUUGCUCAAUUUUAA